AUGCCCCUCUACAAGCUCCUCAAAAAGUUAGAUACGUUCAUCUGGACGGAGGAGGCCCAACAUGCCUUGGACAGCCUUAAAGCAUUGCUAACCUCGGCUCCACUCCUCGUCGCUCCCGAGCGACAUGAACCUCUCCUACUCUACCUCGCGGCAACUACCCACAUGGUCAGCGCCACUCUUGUGGUAGAAAGGGAAGAGCCGGGCCAUGCACUGAAGGUUCAGGGACAGAUGUACUUUGUCAACGAGGUACUCACCGAGACUAAGGCCCGCUACCCACAGGUGCAGAAGCUCUUAUACGUCGUACUAAUGCCAACCAAGAAGCUGCAGCACUACUUCACCGACCACGAGGACACCGUCAUCACCUCAUUCCCACUCGGGGAGGUCGUCCAUAGCCGCGACGCUACGGGACGGAUCUCCAAAUAG